CGAGGGCAGCGCUCGCCUUCCUCACUCCGCUCACUUGCCCACUUGGCUUGGGAGGCCGAGAGGAAACGUCUACCUGAAUGAGGCAAGAAACAGAAAGAUUCCUCUUUCCACUCAUUUGCUCCACUCGCAGUAGUUUCAGGUCUCUGGCCUGACAGGAGGACCAUUGGUGCUGUGGAGGAAGCCAGCGUCUAAGUGUUGUGUAUGGCGUGGUUAAGGUUGCAGCCUCUCACCUCUGCCUUCCUCCAUUUUGGGCUGGUUACUUUUGUGCUCUUCCUGAAUGGUCUUCGGGCAGAGGCUGGUGGCUCAAGAGAUGUGCCCAGCACAGGGCAGAACAAUGAGUCCUGCUCAGGGUCAUCAGACUGCAAAGAGGGUGUCAUCCUACCAAUCUGGUAUCCAGAGAACCCUUCCCUUGGGGACAAGAUUGCCAGGGUCAUUGUCUACUUUGUGGCCCUGAUAUACAUGUUCCUUGGGGUGUCCAUCAUUGCUGACCGCUUCAUGGCAUCUAUUGAAGUUAUCACCUCCCAAGAGAGGGAGGUGACUAUCAAAAAGCCCAAUGGAGAGACCAGCACAACUACAAUUCGAGUCUGGAAUGAAACUGUCUCCAACCUGACCCUGAUGGCCCUGGGUUCCUCUGCUCCUGAGAUUCUCCUCUCCUUAAUCGAGGUGUGUGGUCAUGGGUUCAUUGCUGGUGACCUGGGGCCUUCUACCAUCGUAGGCAGUGCAGCCUUCAACAUGUUCAUCAUCAUUGGCCUCUGCAUCUAUGUGAUCCCUGAUGGAGAGACUCGCAAGAUCAAACACUUACGGGUUUUCUUUGUCACUGCUGCUUGGAGUAUCUUUGCCUACAUCUGGCUCUAUAUGAUCCUGGCAGUCUUCUCUCCUGGUGUGGUCCAGGUUUGGGAAGGCCUCCUCACUCUCUUCUUCUUUCCAGUGUGUGUCCUUUUGGCCUGGGUGGCAGAUAAACGACUGCUCUUCUACAAAUACAUGCACAAAAAAUACCGCACAGAUAAGCACCGAGGAAUUAUCAUAGAGACAGAGGGUGAGCACCCAAAGGGCAUUGAGAUGGAUGGGAAAAUGAUGAAUUCCCACUUCCUAGAUGGAAAUCUGGUGCCCCUGGAAGGAAAGGAGGUAGAUGAGUCCCGCAGGGAGAUGAUCCGGAUUCUCAAGGACCUGAAACAAAAGCACCCAGAGAAGGACUUAGAUCAGCUGGUGGAGAUGGCCAAUUACUAUGCUCUUUCCCACCAACAGAAGAGCCGCGCCUUCUACCGAAUCCAGGCCACUCGCAUGAUGACUGGUGCAGGCAAUAUCCUGAAGAAACAUGCAGCAGAACAAGCCAAGAAAACCUCCAGCAUGAGUGAGGUACACACUGAAGAGCCUGAGGACUUCAUCUCCAAGGUCUUCUUUGACCCAUGUUCAUACCAGUGCCUGGAGAACUGUGGGGCUGUACUCCUGACAGUGGUGAGGAAAGGGGGAGAUAUGUCCAAGACAAUGUAUGUGGACUACAAAACGGAGGAUGGUUCUGCCAAUGCAGGGGCUGAUUAUGAGUUCACGGAGGGUACUGUGGUCCUGAAACCAGGAGAGACCCAGAAGGAAUUCUCCGUGGGGAUCAUUGAUGAUGACAUUUUUGAGGAGGAUGAACACUUCUUUGUGCGGCUAAGCAAUGUCCGCAUAGAAGAGGAGCAACCGGAGGAAGGAAUGCCUCCAAUACUCAACAAUCUUCCCUUGCCUCGGGCUGUCCUGGUACCUCCGUGUUUGGCCACAGUGACUAUCUUGGAUGAUGACCACGCAGGCAUCUUCACUUUUGAAUGUGAUACCAUUCGUGUCAGUGAAAGUAUCGGCAUUAUGGAGGUCAAGGUUCUGCGGACAUCAGGAGCCCGGGGCACAGUUAUUGUCCCCUUUAGGACAAUAGAAGGGACAGCCAAGGGUGGCGGAGAGGACUUCGAAGACACAUACGGGGAGUUGGAAUUCAAGAAUGAUGAAACAGUCAAAACAGUUCACAUCAAGGUAAUUGAUGAUGAGGAGUAUAAGAAAAACAAGAAUUACUUCAUUGAGAUGAUGGGCCCCCGCAUGGUGGAUAUGAGUUUUCAGAAAGCGCUCCUGUUAUCUCCAGAAGUUACAGACAGGAAGCUGACUGUGGAGGAAGAGGAGGCCAAGAGGAUAGCAGAAAUGGGAAAGCCAGUAUUGGGUGAACACCCCAAACUAGAGGUCAUCAUUGAAGAAUCCUAUGAGUUCAAGACUACAGUGGACAAACUGAUCAAGAAGACAAACCUGGCCAUGGUUGUAGGGACCCAUUCCUGGAGGGACCAGUUCAUGGCGGCAAUCACUGUGAGUGCAGCAGGGGAUGAGGAUGAAGAUGAAUCAGGGGAGGAGAGGCUGCCAUCCUGCUUUGACUAUGUCAUGCAUUUCCUGACUGUCUUCUGGAAGGUGCUGUUUGCCUGUGUGCCCCCUACAGAGUACUGCCAUGGCUGGGCCUGCUUCGUUGUCUCCAUCCUCAUCAUUGGCAUGCUCACCGCCAUCAUCGGAGACCUGGCCUCCCACUUCGGCUGCACCAUUGGUCUCAAGGAUUCCGUCACCGCUGUUGUUUUCGUAGCAUUUGGCACCUCUGUGCCAGAUACAUUUGCCAGCAAAGCUGCUGCCCUCCAGGAUGUGUACGCAGACGCCUCCAUUGGCAAUGUUACAGGCAGCAACGCCGUCAAUGUCUUCCUGGGUAUUGGCCUGGCCUGGUCCGUGGCCGCCAUCUACUGGGCCCUGCAGGGACAGGAGUUCCAUGUGUCAGCGGGCACGCUAGCCUUCUCAGUCACGCUUUUCACCAUCUUUGCAUUUGUAUGCAUCAGUGUGCUCUUGUACCGGCGACGGCCACACCUAGGCGGGGAGCUUGGUGGCCCUCGUGGUUGCAAGAUUGCCACAACGUGGCUCUUCGUGAGCCUGUGGCUCCUCUACAUACUCUUUGCCACACUGGAGGCCUAUUGCUACAUCAAGGGGUUCUGAGCCGCAGAACAAAGUCUCCAGUGGGACAGGCCUCGGACUUUUCCUAGGAGAAGGGCAUUUCCCCACCAGUGACCUUUCCAGGUUGAGCAGCCCUGGAGAGGGAACAUCAGGGCUCAAACCCCAGGAACUUCACCUGACCCUGGCAGUGCACUGGAAAAAGUCCUAAUCAGUCAGAAUGGAGGAGACAUCCACCUUCCAAAGUAUUUCCUUAAAUACAAAUCAACAGCAGCAACAAAUCCACCUCUACCCCAUCCUCCUGCACAUGUCCCAAACCCACAGCAAAGGUCAGACCCUUCUUCCUCCUAUUUUGCCUUCCAGUUGUUCCUUUGCCUCUGUUUUCUUGGGGGCAGGGCUUCUACCAUCUGUCCUAUGUGAUAUGAUUCUCUCAUUCAGCUUGGCAAGGCGUGAAAAUGAAUCCUACCCAUGCGGCUGGUUUGGGGUUCUCACUUUCAUUGUAAUCAUUAUCGUGAUUGCUUUUGUUUUUCCACAAGAUUUUCUUUCUGAAGUUAGGGACAAAGGAGCCAUGAAGGAGCUCCAAGUCUGCACCUGCAGAUGGAGGCAUGGGUUUUCAGGGACACACUCUGUCACUCUUAAGAGGUCACAGCCAUGGCAUGGCUCAAUAAGAUCCUAUCCCCUAUCUCCUUUAUUCUCUGAGCUUUUUGGAGAACAGAUGACACUUGGGUGAAGUAAGCUCAACUUGGGGAGCAAGAGGAGCUUUAUUUGCUUGCAAUGAAAUCAAGUCAAAACAAGCAGUUGUCCUCCUUGUCCACAUCUUUCCAUUGUACAGGUCUUGUUUCAGUGUUUCAUGUGCAUCAUCCUGCAGAAAGCCCCACCAAAUGGGUGCUUGUGGGACAAACGUUGAUAUAGUAUAUGAUGGCAAAGAGGAGCUGGGCAAACAAAGGGGAUACACAUGCCUUCUCAAAUGUCUUUGGCUUUGCUCGUGAGGCAGGAGAGAAGAGGUGUCCAAUCAGUGAGAUCUUUAAGGGAAAAAAUUAUACAGCUUUGCAAAUGUCAGUGUUUCUGCAAAAUGUCAGCUGUACCACCCCCUUGUUUCCUUAUGCACUACACUAAGAGGGCUGACUAUAUUUCUUGAAAUAUUGCAAGCAUUUAGAGAUUUAUUCAAGAAUAAGGGGAUUCUUCCACCUCUCCUGGUCCUUGAGCCAAACUUGAAAGAAUUUUCACAAGAUAGGAACUGGAACUCCUCAUUUCUCCCAUGUUCCUGCUUGUUUUUAAACCUCAUGAAGCUCCUGAUUUCCAGCUUGUGGGGUGUCGUCCCCCCUGCCCCCCCGGCAAGAAGAAUCUUAGUCACUGUGAUCCCAUGGACUGUAGGUUUAUAGACAAGGAGACUGACAUGCCCUAUGGACCUUUUCCCAGUGGAUUUUGAAAGGAUCUGGCUUUAAAACACACAAACACAAAUAAACACACGUAUGACAUCACCACACAACUGCCCACAGAAUUUUAGGCUUUCUGCAUUGACAUGAAUACAUUUUCUAAGGGGAAAAAUAAAAAAUAACCUGUUUAAUUUUAAACACAUUUUUUUAAGAAAAAUGAACUAAAAAAGAAACAGUGUUCGUGUCAAGUUAUGUUGGCAGUUGCCAGUGGAAAUAUUGGGUUGGUUUAAAAAAAAAAAUAAAAGCUCUACUUAUAUCUCUCUACAUACAGGUUGCUUUUCUCUGUGUUUCUUCAGUAAAUGGUCCAAGAUUCUAGCCUGGUCUCUUCUGAAGCAGAUGUGACUGAAGAGAAGGUGCAAUUUCCUUUCACACUCAGGCACCAGUGAACCAGACAUGGUACUUUUUUAAACAAAAAUAUUUCAGGGAAAUGCCACCUAACAAAACCUGGACUUUAAGAAUCUCGAGUAUAUGAGUGGUAAGAGCUCAGAUGAUAAAGAGGAAGGAGCUUUUUGUUUUAGAAAGGAAGAAUGGAAUGGGAUUCCAGCUAGGAAAACAGUGUUCACAAUUAUUUACAAGAAACAUGUGUUCAACAUCUACCAUUCAUUUAGCAACCAUGUUUUGCACACCUUGUAGGUAUUGAGCUGCAUUCUGGUAACACAAACAAGAAUAAGAUAUAGUUCUUGACCACCAGAAAUUCCUGGUGUGUGUGUGUGGAGGGGUAAAACUUGUUUUAAUCAGUGCUGUUUGAGAUAUAAGAGACAAACCAAUUAAAGCAGUUGAAAAAUGAGGGGGCGGUACUGUGAUGGCCUGACAGGGAAAUCCGGCACAGGGGUCUGAAAGCCCUCGGGAGCCAAGACCAU